CUUGCUCACUUCCGACAGAGAAAAACAAAAGGUGACUGUGCGCAUUCGAAGAAAAAGACGGCGAAGAGGAAGGGCUCGACUGUCGAUGCGCCUGUCCAGGAGGAGAGUCCAGUAGCCACCAAGGAUGGCGGACUUCUUGGAGGAAGGGACGUUUGCAAAAGCACAUGCAGCGACACCCCUGAUGGCACAAGAGGAGCAUUUGUGGCACAGGAACAUGAACAAGAACGUGAACUUGGAACUGCUGAGCUGGUGAGCAGACAUAACGAUGAAACUGACUGGCUGCUGCAGACUCAGACAGUGCAUAGCCUUGAGCUGGAAGCGCUGCGCCUGAGUCUGAGCAACAUGCACACUGCACAGUUGGAGCUGACGCAGGCCAACCUCCAGAAGGAGAAGGAGACGGCGCUGACGGAGCUGCGGGAGAUGCUGAACAGCCGGCGCGCUCAGGAGCUGGCCCUUCUGCAGAGCAGGCAGCAGUAUGAGCUGGAGCUCAUCAGAGAGCAGCAUGCACAUGAGAAGGAAGAGAUGGUGCUCAGGUGUGGACAGGAAACAGCUAAGCUGAAGGAGAAGUUACAAUCGGAAAUGGAGAAAAAUGCCCAGAUAAUGGAGACAGUGCAUAGCCUUGAGCUGGAAGCGCUGCGCCUGAGUCUGAGCAACAUGCACACUGCACAGUUGGAGCUGACGCAGGCCAACCUCCAGAAGGAGAAGGAGACGGCGCUGACGGAGCUGCGGGAGAUGCUGAACAGCCGGCGCGCUCAGGAGCUGGCCCUUCUGCAGAGCAGGCAGCAGUAUGAGCUGGAGCUCAUCAGAGAGCAGCAUGCACAUGAGAAGGAAGAGAUGGUGCUCAGGUGUGGACAGGAAACAGCUAAGCUGAAGGAGAAGUUACAAUCGGAAAUGGAGAAAAAUGCCCAGAUAAUGGAGAACUUGAAGCAAGACUGGGAAUCCGAAAGAGAUUUAUGUUUAGAAAAUCUACGCAAAGAAUUAUCUGCAAAGCAUCAGUCAGAAAUGGAGAAUUUACAAAACCAGUUUCAGAAAGAAUCGGCAGAACAGAAAGCUGAGUUGGAGAAGAUUUUUCAAGCCAAAAAUGAGGCUGAACGGGAGAACGAGAUUGGUGAGAUCAGGCUAGAGAAUCUUCAGGCGUCAUAUGAAGACCUGAAGGCUCAGUCACAGGAAGAGAUCAUGCACCUCUGGUCCCAGCUUGAUUCUACGAGAACCAACAGACAGGAACUGAAUGAGCUACAGAAGCAGCUUCUGCCUCGAGCAUCUCACGUGGAAGAGUUGGAAUACGUAAAGCAAGACUUUGUGCAGCAGUCGCAGCGAGAGAGAACUGAGCAUGAGUCUGAACUGAAGCAACUGAGGAUUUAUUUUGAAAAGAAAAGGGAUGCUGAAAAAACUUACCAAGAAGACCUGACUCUGUUACAGCAACGGCUGCAGGAGGUGAAGGAAGAUUCUCUUCUGAAAUCUGAGGAAAUCAGUUCAUCCUGUAUGUUUUCAGAAGAGACAUCUGAAAAAGAAGUAAAACACCACCUUGAUCAACUUGACCUUCGGCUUGAGCAACCUAAGCCACUGGCCUCCGCCAUGCGCUACAUCCCCAGGUCCAUGCUGGGAAAGAGUGCGGCACCCAUCUUCCGCUUUCUCUCAAGCCCACCUGUGUCCCUGUUGCUGGCCUUCCUGGGUGUCUGUAGAGCCUGUGCUCUGCUGGUGGUCCUUGCGCUCUGCAGGCCUGGGAAUG